AUGAAAGGCAAUAGUACUAAAGAUGGUGAAAAUAAAAAAGUGGAUCAGUCGAGCCUAGAAGAAAAUGAUGAAAACACUAUUGUACCAUUUUAUUUAUCGAACUUAUUAACGAACCCUUCUAACCCUGUUGUAUUUAUGGACAUAAAUUUGGGUAAUCAUUUUUUAGGGAAAUUUAAAUUUGAAUUAUUUCAAAAUAUUGUACCAAAAACAAGUGAAAACUUUAGGAAAUUCUGUACAGGUGAAUUCAAAAUAAAUAAUGUACCAGUUGGUUAUAAGAAUACAACUUUCCAUAGAGUAAUAAAAGAAUUUAUGAUACAAGGAGGUGAUUUUGUUAAUUAUAAUGGAAGUGGGAGUUUAAGUAUAUAUGGAGAAAAUUUUGAAGAUGAAAAUUUUGAUAUAAAACAUGAUAGCGAAGGAUUAUUAAGUAUGGCUAAUAGUGGACCAAAUACAAAUGGUUGUCAAUUUUUUAUAACGACCAAAAAAUGUGAAUGGCUAGAUGGAAAAAAUGUUGUUUUUGGUAGAAUUAUAGACAAUGAUUCUUUAAUUUUAUUAAAAAAAAUUGAAAAUGUGUCAGUUACUCCGUAUAUUUAUAAACCAAAAAUUCCUAUUAAUAUAGUGGAAUGUGGGGAGCUGUAA